CAAUUUCGAAAUAUAUAUAUCUAAUGUCAAACAUAUUUAGCUUCUGUUUUGAAUUGAAUUUAAGAAUAAACGAAAUAAGUAUUAUACACAGGAUAUUAAAUAAGAAGACAUUUUUAACUCAGAAAGUGCAACACUGUGCUACCACCGCUGCUUUUGAAUAAAAGUCCUGAAAAUUAUAUAUUUUGUUGAACAUCUUCGAUGUCUACGAAAAAGUGAUUAAUUUAUUUAAAAUGCAAAACUCACAAGGUGAGUCGCAGGGAGAUCACAAUUACGUCGCUCGUCGUACUCGCUCUACUUCUAGCGAUGACUCCAAUAUAGAAUUGAACAAUAUAAGUACACGGAGAACACGUUUAAGACGCGGACAAGUAGGUAAUACAGAUCAUGACUAUAGCUCGUUAAGAGCGCUAAGCGAGGAAGUCGCAGAUGUCGCUGAAAAUGAGCCCAAUACUGAGCAAUCGGAGGAGCAAGCAGACAGCCAUGAAGAAGACAACAAUGUUGAUGAAGAUGCGGCUGAAGUUGAGGAGGAAGUUAAUGACCUUGCUGAAGAAGCACAGGAAAUGCUUACAGAAUCUUUGCCUCACGAACGACGAACAAUUGACGAAGGAUCUGAGAUUGCAGUUGGACCCGAACCUACUCCACUUGACGCUUUGCCAGGACCUAGUAUUGGCUCAGAUUCGGCUGCUACUGACAUGCCAAACAAUGAGGGUUCAACGGUAAAUUUGGUUUCUCCAUCCCCACCAAAGAAGCGAAAGCGACUCAGUACAGGCACUCCAAAAUCGAACACACCGCGUGUAAAAUCCAGCGACGGCAACGGUCUUGAUGAAGAUGAGGAAGACGAAGGUUUAAUAUGCCCUAUUUGCCUCGACAACUGGGAGAUGUCAGGUGAACAUCGCCUAGUGUCCUUGCGCUGCGGACAUCUUUUCGGAGAUUCCUGCAUUCGCCGCUGGUUGGCAGAGAGUGCACGCCAGUCGGGCAAUAAGGCUUGUCCACAAUGCAAAGCAAAGGCCGCACCCCGCGAUAUACGUUGUUUGUACGCUAAGCGAGUAAGGGCAAUCGAUCGCAGUGAAGAGCAUCGCUUACGCGAUCAACUGGAGAUAGAGCGUUGCCGCUCACAAUCAUUACAAACAGAAGUAUCCGCUUUAAAAAUGGCACAUCAAUUGGUAACCAUACAAAUGAAAAACCUUCAAGCAGAAAAUGAUCGCAUGAAACAAAUGCUACGAACUGGUGGUGUCAAUAGCUUCAGCUAUGAAGCCAGCUUCGACAAAAACAGGCAAUUGCUAAGGCUCCAGAUGCAACGGAUUUAUCUUGAGCGUACAAUUGAGUUGACACGCGAGGCUGGCUGCCGAGUAUUAAUACACGCUGAACAGCAUUCCUGUAUUUUGGCCUCACAGAAAAGUGCACAAGGUCUAUUUCCUGGAUAUGGCGUGCGCUUCAUCGAUAUGCCUACAUUCCGUACCUCAACAUUCUUGCAUGCGUCCUCGAAAUUAUUGCGAGAUAUUUGCUUAAGUGCCGAUCAACAGCUUCUGGCUGUGGCUAGCAUGGAAACACGUUCCAAAUUGUUCGACUUGCGCAACCGUCAAGUGGCUUCCACAUACGAACCAAGUGAUAAAAUGGUAUGGGCAUGCGCUAUGGACCGCAAAGACCGAGUAAAUGUACUGUAUUUGGGUUCCUCCAGUGGUAGUACAUAUACGUAUGAUAUGCGUUUCCCUGAAAACAUUUUGGAGGAAUAUAAAACUGAGGGUGAUUUAAGUACUGUGAUUAAUGUGGCCAGUGUAACCCCGUGCAAUGAUUUUCCUCACGGUGGCUUUCUUGUCUGCAAACUGCAAUCACUUUGGUUCUAUGAAUACACUGAUAGCGGCAUUACAACUAUUGCCACGCGUCUUCCCUUGGAUGGCCCGUUCUUUUCCAUGCGUUUUGAUGCCGUUCAUGAAACGCUCUUAGUAUCGGCCCGGUGUAGUAUGCGUCACCCACAGUCACGGUAUAUUGUCGGGCGUUUGGAAAAAGUGGACAAUACAACAACACUCAAUGUGAAAGUCACAUUUCACGGCUCCAAAGCUACGCCAGUUAUGACACGUUGUGCACAAGUUGCAGUUGAAGCGAAUACGCUGGUAGCAGGCUACAUUCAGGAUGUCAAACAGUUGGCGUUGUUCGAUGUGCGUCGCGAACAGCGAAUCCAAACAAUGCCGGCACAAGAGGUUAUAUAUGACAUAUGUCCCGUCUACACGAGCGAUACAACAUACCUGGCUGGUCUCUCCGAUACUAAAUGCCGCAUGUACAAGCUGAUGUCUUCAGACACUUAGUGCGCAAUUGCGAAACUGAAUUAUUUUUAGUAUUUUAUUAGGUCGUUUUGUGUUUUAAUUAUGUUGUUUUUUGCCAUUUAAUAUAUAAAUAUGUAUUUCCUUAAUACCUAAAUAUCCACUAUAUUUAUCAUAAAUAGAUCGUUUCCUUAAUGUUAGCUUAAGCUUAUACUUUAUCGAGAUUUUUUACGAGGU